AUGGCUAUUCCUGGUGAACCUGUACCAGGUAGUACCCCUGCACUGUCUAUUACGGCUAUUCCCGGUGAACCUGUACUAGGUAGUACCCCUGCACUGUCUAUUACGGCUAUUCCCGGUGAACCUGUACCAGGUAGUACCCCUGCUCUGUCUAUUACAGCUAUUCCCAGUGAACGUGUACCAGGUAGUACGACUGCUAUUCCCAGUGAACGUGUACCAGGUAGUACGACUGCUAUUCCCAGUGAACGUGUACCAGGUAGUACUACUGCUAUUCCCAGUGAACGUGUACCAGGUAGUACUACUGCUAUUCCCGGUGAACGUGUACCAGGUAGUACGACUGCUAUUCCCGGUGAACGUGUACCAGGUAGUACAACUGCUAUUCCCAGUGAACGUGUACCAGGUAGUACAACUGCUAUUCCCGGUGAACCUGUACUAGGUAGUACUACUGCUAUUCCCGAUGAACGUGUACCAGGCAGUACUACUGCUAUUCCCGAUGAACGUGUACCAGGUAGUACGACUGCUAUUCCCGGUGAACGUGUACCAGGUAGUACUACUGGUAUUCCCGGUGAACGUGUACCAGGUAGUACGACUGUUAUUCCCGGUGAACGUGUACCAGGUAGUACGACUGCUAUUCCCGGUGAACGUGUACCAGGUAGUACUACUGGUAUUCCCGGUGAACGUGUACCAGGUAGUACGACUGUUAUUCCCGGUGAACGUGUACCAGGCAGUACUACUGCUAUUCCCGAUGAACGUGUACCAGGUAGUACGACUGCUAUUCCUGGUGAACGUGUACCAGGUGGUAGUACGACUGCUAUUCCUGGUGAAUGUGUACCAGGUAGUACUACUGCUAUUCCCGGUGAACGUGUACCAGGUAGUACAACUGCUAUUCCCGGUGAACGUGUACCAGGUAGUACUCCUGCUGUUCAAAAAUGUACUAAUGAGCAGUCUUCGUCAGAAACAUGGGAUUCUCAUCGGUAUUUGCGAAUGACUGCAUCUGCAGCUAAAGAAGCAGUAAUGAUAUUGCGUGCAGUUGUAGAAUGUGGUGAAACAGCUGUUGUGAAGUCACGAUAG